UAUGUGCCAGCUUUCUCUUCCUUCUCUCCUAAGAGAGUCUUUCCUCUAUCAUGGAAGAACCACUUAUUUCAGUGUCUGAAGAAGCUCAAACUUCCUCACCCACUUCCUCUUCCACCACCACCACCUCCACCACCUCUACCACUACUGGGUACACAGAAUUGAACCAAAACCAAAAGAAUUCAUUAGUGAAGACCCAGAAAUGUUCAAAGAAAGUGAAAGAAGGAAACAGUGGCAAUGAGAGUAACAAACGCACCAACAGUGACGGAGGUGGAGGCGGCGGCGGCGGCGGCGGCGGGGGCGACGGCAAACACCCGACCUAUCGCGGCGUUCGGAUGCGUAAUUGGGGUAAAUGGGUGUCUGAAAUCAGAGAGCCAAGAAAGAAGUCAAGGAUCUGGCUUGGGACAUUCCCCACACCGGAAAUGGCGGCUCGAGCUCACGAUGUAGCGGCUCUCACAAUAAAAGGCAAUUCAGCCUACCUCAAUUUCCCAGAGCUAGCUCAAGACCUUCCACGUCCCGCCACCGCUUCGCCGAAGGACAUCCAAGCUGCUGCCGCCUUAGCGGCGGCGGCGGUUGUAACUCCGAGAAGCCAUUUAGCAGAAGCUAAGCCAAGCCGAGCCGAGCCACAAAUCUCCCAUUCUCCUACUCCUACUACGACGUCAGAAGACACCCAAGAAUCCUUCUCAGUUUCUCAAUCAAUGGAUGAUGAUGAUACAUUUUUUGGGUUGCCGGAUCUCCUUAUUGAUCCCACAGCUGCCAAUCCAAUUGACAGACAUGGGAUCUAUUCUUCAUGGCCAUCAAGUGCCGGUGGAGCAGAUAAAUUCCGGCUAGAGGAACCUUUCUUAUGGGAGUACUACUAAGAGAGCUCGCAGUGCAAAACCAUUUCAUGUGAAUGUACAACACUGACUUCCAUAAUUUACCACAUUUGGGUUCCAUAGUUCAUCCAUUUCUCCAACAGAAGGAAGCCCAGUUCAGGAAAUUAGAUUUUUUUUUUUUUUUAAUUAAUCUUUAGAGAUGGGUUUGGUGUCUGUGCUACUUCAAUUCAAUUCUUGAUCAUGAUCACCUUCUCUCUACAUGAUUUAAUUUGCAGGAACCAGAAAGAAAGGGUUGGACCAAUUCAUUCUCUCAUUUGCUAAUAUGCGCCCUAAAGGUGACUGGGUCUUUAGCCUUCACCUAUUUAUAGUUAUUACAUAAAUAACAAUUACAAGUUACUAGAUCCCUCUCUCUCUCUCUCUCUCUCUCUCUCUCUCUCUCUCUCUCUCUCUCUCUCUCUCUCUCUACACGUGUAUGAGACUAUGAGUGGGAAUAGAAGUGUAAUUUAAGGUUUUCACUGGACGGGUCUCUCAUGGUUUUGGGUCCAUGGGGUCCUGCACUCUUGCCUCAUAAUUAAUUUAGAAACCCAUGAAGCCAAUAUGAAAGAAAUUCUUCUAA